UGGGCAAGCCGCGGGCGGCCGGCUGCGGCCCGGGAGCUGCUGCUGCUGCUGCGGCGGCUGCACCCGCGGUGCCGAGGCCGAGGCGGAGGCCGAGGUGCGCGCUUGGCGAACGUGCCGGAUCCGCGCGGCUCGGCUGCACCGGUCCUUGCGGCUGCCUGAGCGUCUCGGCUGAUCUGUGCGCUGCCCCGGCGAGGAUGCGGCUGUUCCGGUGGCUGCUGAAGCAGCCGGUGCCCAAGCAGAUCGAGCGCUACUCGCGCUUCUCGCCGUCGCCGCUCUCCAUCAAGCAGUUCCUGGACUUCGUUGAAAAGAAGAUUAAAGAUUCACCAGAAAUACAGGCCACUACAGAAACCAAGUGUAAAGAAGAGUGGGUCUGAAUUUCUUGCUCUCAAAAGGCUAGUCCAAUGCUCCUUUCCUAUCGGUGACCUAUCACUGAGAGAGCUCCCUGCACUAAUCGAAAGUCGUUUGUGUUUCUGUGUCUAUCCAUCCUAUAUUUUGGUGAAUGGAAUGCUAUUUGGAACCUUCUGCGCAAAGCAAAUCAGACCUUUUGCAAAUGUAGUGAUUGUCUCCAACUUCUGAAUGAAAGGGCGAAGUAUGAAAAACAAACAGAAAACAGAAGAGAAUGACAGGGCCAUCAAAUGAGGAAGAAAAACUGAAGAAAUACACACGAGUGCAUUUCAGCUAAUGACUUAUUUGCGUUCAGUCAGAAUUUCCCAUGCCCCUCACCCACUCCUUGUCAUCUUCUAAACUGAUACUAGGGAAAAAUUUAAUUAAUAAAUUUGAUAUGACGUAUAUAGACAAUGCAGAAUAAAAAUAGAAAAUCAACAUUAAGGAAUGUAGAGAAGCCACGUGAGUGGGGGAAAAAAUGAAGCCAAAUAACUGGGAAGAAGAACUGGAAAAUACUCGAUAUGCCAGAAGACUUCUAAGAACAGAACUCUUUUGAGAGGACAUUCAAUUAAACCAAAAGUUUCUUUCUGGGAGAGAUAAUGCGUGCGAGAAAACUUCGUAUAUGUUUCUACGAAAGGAGCUUCCUGUACGACUGGCUAACACAAUGAGAGAAGUUAAUCUUCUGCCGGAUAAUUUGCUUAACCGCCCUUCAGUGGGAUUGGUUCAGAGUUGGUACAUGCAGAGCUUUCUUGAGCUUUUAGAAUAUGAAAACAAAAGCCCUGAGGAUCCACAGGUCUUGGAUAACUUUCUGCAAGUUCUGAUUAAAGUCAGAAAUAGACACAAUGAUGUGGUUCCUACAAUGGCUCAAGGAGUGAUUGAAUACAAGGAGAAGUUUGGGUUUGAUCCGUUCAUUAGCAGUAACAUCCAGUAUUUUCUAGAUCGAUUUUAUACCAACCGCAUCUCUUUCCGCAUGCUUAUUAACCAGCACACACUGCUCUUUGGUGGCGACACUAACCCUGCUCAUCCGAAGCACAUAGGAAGUAUUGAUCCCACCUGCAAUGUGGCUGACGUGGUGAAAGAUGCGUAUGAGACCGCCAAGAUGCUGUGCGAGCAGUACUACCUGGUGGCUCCAGAGCUGGAAGUUGAGGAAUUUAACGCCAAAGCUCCAGACAAGCCUAUCCAGGUCGUGUAUGUGCCCUCCCAUCUGUUUCACAUGCUGUUUGAGUUGUUCAAGAAUUCAAUGAGAGCAACAGUCGAACUAUAUGAAGAUCGAAAAGAGGGCUACCCGUCCGUUAAAACCCUUGUUACUCUGGGUAAAGAAGACUUGUCCAUUAAGAUAAGUGACUUAGGUGGUGGGGUCCCACUUCGAAAAAUAGAUCGUCUUUUUAACUACAUGUAUUCGACUGCCCCUAGACCUAGCCUGGAGCCUACGAGAGCUGCCCCUUUGGCUGGAUUUGGUUAUGGUUUGCCAAUUUCUCGUCUGUAUGCUAGAUAUUUUCAAGGAGAUCUAAAACUCUAUUCCAUGGAAGGAGUGGGUACUGAUGCUGUUAUUUAUUUGAAGGCUCUUUCAAGUGAAUCAUUUGAGAGACUUCCGGUUUUUAAUAAGUCCGCAUGGCGCCAUUACAAGACCACACCUGAAGCCGACGAUUGGAGCAAUCCCAGCAGAGAACCCAGAGAUGCUUCAAAAUAUAAGGCGAAACAGGACAAGAUCAAGACUAAUAGAACUUUCUAGAGAACUGAAUGCUUCAAUCCUCUCUCUGAAGAAAGAUUGUCUUCCACAAGUCAACAAAAGAGAACUCCUUUCCUCCACCAACUCUGAGCGUGGCACCAUAGUCAUUCCAGUGCUUGAAAGUGCAUUUUCUCCACACAAACUGGACCUCUUCCACAGAAACCUUCCUGUAGCUACUCCAGAUCUUCCACUAAAGUAGUAACUUGAGUCAUUUUUCAUAGUAUGUUGCCGUGAUUUGGUUGGCGCCUGUUGUGAGAGAGCACAGAGCCUCGUUAGCGCUCUCGUGUACUCAUACCUCUCUCCUCAUCAUCAUAGAAUCGAGUGUCUACAACCUCCCCAGGAUUCUAAGCUCCCUCCUCAUUCCAGACACAGCAGAUCUCUACUGUUGCUCUUUGUGACCAAAUACCAUGUUUGUCCUAAACCACCGACUAAGGCCUGGGGAAUCAGGAAGUUGAAGACAUCAGCUCAGCGUAUGUUGAUAAUUCAGUCCCAGGGCCCUUCCUGUCCCAUAUGCAUCCCUCUUUACUCUCUGAUUUAGACUUUUGCCUUCUUCCAUCCGAUCGUACUCUCAUUGUGAGGUGUGGGUGCUUUCGCGUUAGAUCUUACUCUUUGAUGCAUUGAUUUUAUUUUAAAAUUAGUUUGUACACUUUCAUUCUGCCGAUUAAAGCGUUCCAAAAGUUGUCUUGGAAUUUUUCACUUAACUGCUUGGUUUCAAAGAUCUUAAGUGAAAAACUACCUUCUGGUCAUUAUCAGGUUUGUAAAGAGUGGGAAAUGGAGUUUUUAUGCUUAUGUAAAAAUGUUACUGUACCUUUGUUGUUAUGUUUCUUUGUAGUUUUCUAAAGAAUUGGAAAUCCCUGUGUGAUGCACUUUACUAGCUGUAAGAUAGAAUAUUAAAGGGAAAAAUUCUUUCUAGUUUAUUUUGAUAAAUGCCUAGGUCUUCAUAAUUUUCAUUUUCAUGAAUUUUAGCCAGUUUUGGAAUUGUUGCUCUGAUUUUCACAGUCCUUUUCUUUUUUGCUCAAAGUUGGAAUUGGCAGAGGACUUGGGGUGAGGAAAGAGGAACCGUGUUAUAUUUACCCUUAGAAAUGGAAGCUAUCUGAGAGUCCAGAUUAAAACCCGCAUUUUUACAGCUCUA